AUGGUAAGGAACAUUUCAACUUAUUGUGAAGGAAAUCAUGGUCAAGAUCCAAGAACCGUAAUCACUAAUUUCUUCAAUAAAAGGUUACAAACAACAGUAACGUCAAGAUCAGAAAUCAUAAAACAAUGGGUUGCUGAACGUUUGGAAGUUAUCAAAUUCUUCCACAAUGAAAAUCGAAUCAUUGUUGGAGUCGGUGUUCAAUGGACAGGACCAACUAGAGCGGCUGAUGCACUACAACUCUGCAUCGGUACACGUUGUUUAGUGAUUCAAUCGUCUCAUACUCCUCAUAUUCCUUAUGAGCUUCAUAGUUUCCUUAGUAAUCCAAAUAAUCAUUUUGUUGGUAUUUUGAAUGAUUUUGAUAAACAAUUACUUGAGAAUUGUCGGCAUCGGUUGUGCGUUUCGAAUUUGAAGAAUUUGGCAAGGCAUUUUCUUGGUUUUGUUGAUGUUCGUAAAGAUUAA